AUGCGUGUUAUCAACCUAAUCAGAGAAUUUGAACUUCAAAAGAUGAAGGAUUCAGACACAAUCAAAGAGUAUUUUGACAGAUUACUCAACAUUGCCAACAAUGUAAGAGUACUUGGCUCUGAAUUUUUCGAUUCUAGAUUGAUCCGAAAAAUUCUCGUUACAGUCUCGAAAAGUUUUGAAGCAACCAUUUCCUCACUGGAAAAUUCUAAAGAUCUGUUAAAAGUUAGUUUGGCAGAAUUAUUGAAUUCUUUGCUGGCACAAGAACAGAGAAGGCUUAUAAAGUCUGAAGGGUCUGUUGAGGGUGCAUUACCUGCAAAAGUUCAGUCAAACCAGGGAUACAAAGGAAAGAAAAAGUGGAACAAGAAGGAAAAACUCAGGUUCUGA